CAUUCAAUCCCUUCUCCUUAUAUAUAAUUCACAAUCCCACCUUCUACGUACCCUCAUAAUCACAAACCACACCACCAUGAGGACCCUCUUUCAAAACUCACGUUUCCUUUCCCAUGCAUUUUUGCUUUCUCUUUCUCUUUUCUUUCUGGCGUUCGGUGCUGGCUGGGCCAUGGACAUGUCCAUCAUCGACUACGACGAGAGCCACACGAGGCACGUGUAUGAGGCGUGGCUUGUGAAGCACGGCAAGGCCUACAAUGCCUUGGGGGAGAAGGAACGGAGGUUUAAGAUUUUCAAGGACAAUUUGAGGUUCAUUGAAGAACAUAAUGGGGCGGGGGACAAGAGUUACAAGUUGGGGUUGAACAAGUUCGCCGAUCUCACCAACGAGGAGUAUAGGGCCAUGUUCUUGGGUACCCGGACGAGAGGACCUAAGAACAAGGCAGCAGUCGUGGCCAAGAAAACUGACCGUUAUGCUUAUCGCGCUGGGGAGGAGUUGCCCGCCAUGGUGGAUUGGAGGGAGAAGGGUGCGGUUACCCCCAUUAAAGAUCAAGGCCAAUGUGGGAGUUGUUGGGCAUUCUCCACGGUUGGUGCAGUGGAAGGAAUCAAUCAAAUUGUAACGGGCAACCUCACCUCUCUGUCUGAGCAAGAAUUGGUGGAUUGUGACAGAGGCUAUAACAUGGGGUGCAAUGGAGGUCUCAUGGAUUAUGCUUUUGAGUUUAUUGUGCAAAAUGGAGGCAUUGACACGGAAGAAGAUUACCCCUAUCAUGCAAAGGAUAAUACAUGUGAUCCAAACAGGAAAAAUGCUCGGGUUGUUACCAUUGAUGGAUAUGAAGAUGUCCCAACCAAUGAUGAGAAAUCUUUGAUGAAGGCUGUUGCAAACCAACCUGUCAGUGUUGCCAUUGAAGCUGGUGGCAUGGAAUUUCAACUUUAUCAAUCGGGUGUUUUCACUGGCCGAUGUGGGACAAACCUAGACCAUGGUGUUGUAGCAGUUGGGUAUGGAACAGAAAACGGCACUGAUUACUGGCUAGUGAGGAACUCAUGGGGCUCAGCAUGGGGGGAGAAUGGUUACAUCAAGCUAGAGAGAAAUGUGCAAAAUACUGAGACUGGCAAGUGUGGAAUUGCAAUAGAGGCAUCAUACCCUAUCAAGAAUGGUGCUAACCCUCCAAACCCUGGUCCUUCUCCUCCAUCUCCUGCAACACCUUCAAUUGUUUGUGAUGAGUACUACUCUUGCAACUCUGGAACCACAUGUUGCUGCCUCUUUGAGUACAGAGGGUUCUGCUUUGGAUGGGGAUGUUGCCCUAUUGAGUCUGCAACAUGUUGCCCUGACCAGACCAGUUGUUGCCCUCCUGAUUUCCCUUUCUGUGAUGAUUCUGGAUCUUGCCUAUUGAGCCGUGACAACCCAUUUGGGGUAAAAGCUUUGAGAAGAACGCCUGCCACAAGUACUUGGACCCAAAGGAAAGUUGCCAUGAAAGGCAACUAAGCUUGAGAGAAGCCAGUGGAAUCAGUAAAAUGGUUUAGGCACAACAAAAUUAAAUUCAUUGGUACCUGUAAUUGUGUGUUUGUGCUAGAGAAUGCUUCUGUAAUGGUUGUCUUCCAUAAAUAUCUAGAUACCAACAUUCUCUUUUCCAAACUGGUUGCUGUAAAUUUCUCUACAACUACUCAAGUAUUAUGCAUUUUGGAUGUUGAUGUUAAUUUUAAUAAAUUGUAUAUACUUGGUUCCAAAUU